AUGGCCGAUCCCCCAGUUCCCCCUCGUGGGAACUCGUCAUCGGCUCAGUCUGGCCCACUGAAGUCUCCUGGUACUCAACUGGCUACUUUUACCUCGAGUUUCACCGAGUCGGAGUCCCAAGGUUUGCCUUUGGAUUUUCCUCGCUUGAAUCGCAUGGACUGUGGAACUCCUGUCCCGUAUCCUGCGUACUCCUACUCGGGAAAUGGCUUCAAUCCAGGGUCAUUUCCUCGACAGAUCAAGCAGGAGGAUUUUGAUAUGGUGCAGGAUGUCCCGCUUGGAACACAACAUGACUCUCAAGCUUUCGGUCCCGUAAAUGUCAAUGCCCGGGCACCCAAUUUUCAGGCCGCCAAUUUGGGUUCUCAUCAUAUGAACCCUUUGCAAGGCCAGAAGUCCAUCUAUCCUGCUGCCCUGUUGGCACCCAUGCGCCCCAUGUACCCGGAGACGGGCCUUGUUAACCUGGAUCACCAUGUUCACCCUGCUCAGUCUCUCUACUCCGAUCUAGCCCUUCCAGAUCAGACGAUUGACUACUUGGCCUACCCCAAUCACCCCUUUAGGGUCACGGACACUCCACGGGGCCGCAAUGAUAUGGGAAACUUACACGCUGCCAACCCAAGCCCGGACUUUGGACUCAACUUGAUCAGUUCCGGUAACUCAGCUUCGCCGACUCAAUGGCCUACUCCUUCACUGCAAAAUGUCUUCCGAGGCAACAGAUCUGCUUACUUGGGAGCUACCAUCCAGGCAUCUUCUAUCAUGCCUCGCGUGCCAUGUCAAAAGGACAUACGGCCCUAUGACCGUCGAUUUGUUGUGAAAAAUGUGGACACCAAUACGUCUGUCAUCUAUAUUCUGGACUAUUGCCAAAAUCAGGGAUUUCAAACCAUGCUUGGUCCUACCUUCCAAGACUUACGCAACAAAGGUCAAUUCUGGAUAGGUUUCUCCGACAUGCGCCAAAGCCAACGGGCCAUGAACCUUAUUGCCCGCGACCACCCAGAUUGGCUCAUUGAGCCUGUCGGUGAUGGGUACUUUAGACAUAACGCGAGGAUUACACCUAGUCACUCUAUUUUUGACGACCAAGUUUUGGUCAUUGUGUACUGCGGGCCCGGAAGGACCGUUCCUGCCAACGAUCUUAUGUCGACAUUACGGGGUGUACUCGAGCUAGCAGGACCUGUCGCCGCAAUGCGCCCAGUCACCCUUGAAAGCCCCACCGAGGCGCCUCGGUUCAGUAUGCACGGAUUUGUCGUGCGUUACUACGAUGCUGUACAUUCCGCCAAUGCAACCAGGGCUAUCAAUACUAUUGCGACAUCGAACUUCAUCAUCGAGGUCCUCGUCUAUCAACGUGACAUGGAGAAUCAGAAGGUUCGCCACUGGAACAUUCAGGAACAAAGCAGGGAGGUCCGAAGCGGCCAUCCUGUGAACAACGAUUAUUACUUGUCCCCUGAUGAGAAUCGGGAUCGGUCUCCUCGAACUCCUGGCCGCCAGCAUGUCAAUGAUGAGCAAGUCAUCAGCCCUGAAAAAAUUGCUCAAGGCAAAGACUCUCGGUGCACUGUCAUGCUUAAGAACAUCCCUAAUGCGCAGACAUGGGAUCAGGUCAAAGCGUAUUUGGACGUGACAUCGGCAGGCGCGUUUGAUUUCUUGUACUUGCGCAUGGAUUUCGAGCAACGUUUAAACGUCGGUUAUGCGUUUAUCAAUUUCGCUUCGCCCAUGGACAUACUUCCGUUUUUCACCCGGCGUAAUGGAACGAAAUGGCCGACUUACAAUGAGGGCCGACCCAAAGUGGCCGAAAUAUCCUACGCAACCACUCAAAGCUACGCCUUUCUGGUUGAGAAGUUCCGGAACAGUCCGGUCAUGUUGGAUUUCCCGGAUAACCGUCCCAAGUUGUUCUACAUCGGAGGACCUCACGCUGGUGAAGAGGCACCCUUCCCGCCGGUGAACAACUUCUGGACGCUUGCAAAGGGAGUUGAACGCAGCAAACAGACUGGGCUGUACAAAGGUGGCCCUCGGCCAGUCCACCCCAGCGAUCGACGACGUUCCGGCACUUUCGAGGCCCUCGAGACGCCCGUCCGCAGCCGACGCCGCGGUCGAGAGCGGGAGCGCACCAAGUGGGGAAUCCCCGAUUCACCCAGAUAUCGGCAUGUGUAG